UACCUUUGAAUAACCAGAAGGCGCUCGUUCCAAGAACCUUCCAUGAUGAAAGUGCUCGUUAUUUGGUUGAUUUUAGCGGUGCUGUUGCUCGCUACGGAGAGUAGAGAGUAUAAACAUCACCUUAUUCUCAAAUCCAAUGUAUUUGACGUGUACUGGUCAGUCAAUACUACCGAUCCGAUCUUUCCAAGAUUUUACUUCAAAUUCGUUGCAAAGACAACUGGUUGGGCGGCUUUGGGUUGGUCGCAAACUGCAUCAGGAAGACAUAUGCAGCAGUACGACAUUGCAUUAGGAGGAGUGAGAAACGGCAACGAAUCAUACAUAGGGGACUACUACUCUUCAACGCCAGGCAAGCCUGACCAUGAUGGUCCUAGCUUACAGUCCCUUGUCCUGACCAAUGCUACAGAAGCUGAUGGAUACACUACCAUUGAAUUCAACCGUGCUGCAAAUACAUUAGAUACAGCUACUGAUGUUCCAUUAAAA